AGUAACUAGUGCGCCUUUCCUCUAUCCUCUUCUCCCCUAAAUAACCCCGCCGUACCACUCUGCCAUGGCCGCCGCCACACUCCGCUCUGCCCUCCUCUCCUCCUGCGCCCUCCGCCGGCUCGCCUCCGCCUCCGCGCCGCGCGCCCCCCGCCUCGCCCAGCCCAAGGUGCAGGGGUUCGCCCGGGCUCGCCGGUCCUACCCGGCCGCGUUCGCCGCCUCCGCCAUGUCGACGUCGUCGGGGGCCAAGGAGGCGCCGGCCAACAACCCGGGCCUGCAGGCCAAGGUCGACCCCGCCACCAAGGGCUACUUCAUGCAGCAGACACUUGAAAAGCUCAUAAAUGCUAAUUCAACUGAGGUUGAUUGGGAACGUUCCUUCUAUUUGAAUUUAGUCGCUCACACGUCAUAUACUGUCACAGUGGCAUUGUGCAGUAUCAGCAAUCUUCGCAAUCGUGCAGACAAAAGCAAGCGGUUGCCUCCAAUUUACAAGGUUUCAAAAACUGUAUAUGCAUCCCCUAGCCGUGUAAAUUUCCGCCUUGAUCAAAGAAAGGCUGUAGAGACAGUACCUGCAUAUCCGAACAUUUAUUUCUCAGUUGAUGACUUCGAUGAUCCUUUUGAUGCUGUGGUUUUGUCAGACCCAAAACACUGCUAUUGUGUGAUUCUCAAUGCGCAUGAUGGGGCAGCAUUUCCUGAAGAAAGCGAAUCAAGCAAUGUCGGUUCAAAUAUACAAUCUGGGAUCAACUCUGGGAGCAGUGGAGAGAACCCACCAAAGGUUCACUCUCUUCCUAAAUGAAGGUUUCAUCGUGAUGACCGCAGCUCUCUUCUAUGUGAUGGUAGUUUAGAUGAUCGAUAUCGACUUGUAAUGUGAAGACAAACUCGCGGUCUCGAGACUUGUAAUAUAAUGUUCUAUCUUUGUUCGGUCUUUUCAAUUCGGAGACUAAUAUGAUGAAUUGUAUUC